UGCCAUUCGCUGUAGGCGUAAAGUGCUUGUCGAAUUCAUUGUAAAGUAAAACUUUUAUAAUGGUGGAUCGUUUAGUUAAUAGUGAAGCUAAUGCAAGGAGAAUUGCUAUGGUCGAAAACUGCUUUGGGAGUUCGGGACAGCCUUUAGCAGAGCAAGGAAGAGUCUUGGUUGGUGAAGGUGUCUUGACAAAAAUGUGCAGAAAAAAGCCUAAAGCCAGACAGUUCUUUUUAUUCAAUGACAUUCUAGUGUAUGGAAAUAUUGUGAUAAACAAAAAGAAAUAUAAUAAACAGCAUGUUAUUCCAUUGGAAGAAGUAAAACUGGAAUCACUUAAAGAUGAAGGCCAAUAUCGCAACGGAUGGUUAAUACGCACAGCAUCAAAGUCAUUUGCAGUAUAUGCUGCCACUGCAACAGAAAAAGAGGAAUGGAUGGCACACAUAGAAAAAUGUAUUGAGGACCUUCUAAGGAAGAGUGGCAAGCAGCCGCCUUCAGAGCACGCAGCGGUCUGGGUGCCGGACAACGAAGCGGCCAUCUGCAUGCACUGCAAGAAGACGCAGUUCACCGUUCUUAACAGACGGCAUCACUGCCGCAAGUGCGGGGCCGUGGUUUGCGGGCCUUGCUCGUCGAAGCGCUUCGUGCUGCGCACUCAGAGCGAGAAGCCGCUCCGCGUCUGCCUGCACUGCUACGAUCGGCUCACCAGGGACAAGGCCAGGACCCCUCGGCCCCCGGCGCCCGCCGCCGCCCCCGCGAAGGCCGCCGGAGACGCGGCGGGCUCCGGCGGAGAGUCCUCGCAGGACGACGACAGCGACGACGAAGACGAGAGGCCGGCCGUCGAGGACAAACACGACGAGGGCUUUACGAGCUAUAACGGUGUCAAAAACGGACUCGGAUCCAGAGUGACGACCGUUUAGCGCAAAGUGACAUCGUCCUAAAUUCUACAGUGACGGCGAAAAGACUGAGGAUACCGAAAACCAUUCGUCCAAGGAUUCGACCGAUUCGACCAAAUGAACGGAACGGACCGUCCGUCGCCCGCCCGGCCUAUAAUUAAUGGGCCCUCAUAGAGUAUUUCCGGACGAUGCUAUCGCUUCGGGAGGGGCGUUCGGCGGUCGAAGGCGACGCCGCAGACCCUCGACACACAAGGCCUUCAAAUGUAUAGGGAAUUAGGAAUAUUAUUAAAAUAUUUUUUGAAUUUUUUCGUAAAUACCUCUUUUUAUAUAAAUAUUAAUAAUUUAACACUCACACCUAUUUACAAUCCUUUUAAAACGUCUUCGUUUAUUCCGAUUUUCUUCUUUUUAGCGAGAGUUUUCUAGUGAUACGGUCACGAUCGAUACGAAUUAGCUUUAGGCGUGUUAUUUCAAAACAUAUUAUAUUAUGAUAGUUUAUAUUUUGAUACUAAAUUGUUGAAUUUUCCGAAACAUUUAGUUACGUAAGCGGUUUAUGACGAAAUAUUUAAUUACAAUUGUCCUAAAUAGUACAAAUUUUUUCAAAUCGACUCUCGGUUGAUCGGAGAUUAGACCUUUGAGCCGAACAUAAAUAGCUAAAUGCGAAAUACGAGGAUCAUAAACCGAUUAUGUAGUAUAUGUAUAUCAGAAGUUAGCUUAAGUGAUAGGAUAACUAUAGGGUUAAGUUAUUUAUGAUAAUGGUUUAAGGCCUAAUGUUAAAGUUCUGUUUUGUUUUCAAAAUGAAACAACAUUUUAUUCGUUUUGGUUGACAAAUAUACGAGAGUAUUUUUAA